CCCUCCAAGGGUCAACGUUUCCUUUUCCCAGGCGGCAGCUAGAGCAGACGGCGGAUGAAUUAUGGACAGAAGAGGCUUCCGUUGAGGGGCGUGGCGACGCAGCCGCAAUUUGAGAGACCCAGUUCACGUGCAGGCAGCGGCGGAUCCUAUUCCUUUAUCUACCAUGGCUCAGCCGGGAACUCUGAACCUCAAUAACGAGGUUGUGAAGAUGAGAAAAGAAGUGAAGAGAAUACGAGUUUUGGUUAUCCGAAAACUUGUCAGGAGUGUUGGCAGACUGAAGUCAAAAAAGGGUACUGAAGAUGCACUGUUAAAAAACCAAAGACGGGCGCAACGAUUGCUUGAAGAGAUCCAUGCCAUGAAGGAAUUGAAACCUGAUAUGGUAACUAAAUCUGCCCUUGGUGAUGAUAUCAACUUUGAAAAAAUCUGCAAAAAGCCAGAUUCUACUGCAACUGAAAGAGCAAUUGCCAGACUAGCAGUACAUCCUCUUCUGAAGAAAAAGAUAGAUGUGCUAAAAGCUGCUGUCCAAGCCUUUAAAGAAGCAAGACAAAAUGUUGCUGAAGUUGAGUCAUCAAAGAAUGCUUCAGAGGACAAUCGUUCUAAGAAUACAUUGUAUUCAAAUGAUAAUGGAAGUAAUUUACAGCAUGAAGGAACUAUUAUCAUUGAGCAAAAAGUCAAAGAAACCAAAAUACUGAGGAAGAAACCAACACAUAAUUCAAAGGAAAAAGUAGCCAAGAUGGAACAUGGACCUAAAGCAGUGACUAUUCCAAAUUCUCCAUCAAAGCCUUCAGGAAAGGAUUCUGUAGUUUCCCUUGAGUCCCACAAGACACCUGCUGACCCAAAGCUGAAAACACUAAGUCAAACUGAAAAAAACAAAGGAUCUGAUAGCUCACUCUCUAGUAACAGUGAUGGCGGAGAAGAAAUAUGUGAAGAGGAGAAGGAGUAUUUUGAUGAUAGCACAGAAGAAAGGUUUUACAAGCAGUCUUCCAUGUCUGAAGAUAGUGAUAGUGGUGAUGACUUCUUCAUUGGGAAAGUCAGACAGACAAGAAAGAAGGAAAGUAGUUGUCAUUCUUCAGUUAAGGAACAAAAACCACUCGAAAAAGUGUUUCUUAAAGAAGAUACAGGUGAAACUCAUGGGGAUACAAGAAAUGACAAAACCAAGCCAAGUAUAGAAACCAGAAAGUUAGAAUCAGUGUUUUUCCACUCUUUAUCUGGAUCUAAAAGCUCUAGAAGAAAUUACAAAGAACAGGCUCCAAAAACAAGAUCACUAGGGAAAAAUGGAAGCCACACAACAAGUCUACUGCCUGAAAUUCUGCUGAGCAAAGAUUAUGAAGGCUCUGAGAGGAACUUCCUUAUCCGUUGUUUUUCAUGGUCCCUGUCUAGGAAGGGUCUUUGCUUCAUGGCCGCAUCUGAGAUUUUCCACAGAAUGAGCCUCAGAUCAAGAAUCAGUUUAAUAAGAAGCUACCAAGAAGACUUGAAAAUACAAAACAGCAAUUGCAGCUGCCUCUUCAUCCUUCGUGGGAAGCAAGCAGAAGGCGAAAAGAACAGCAAUCUAAUAUUGCUGUGUUUCAAGGGAAAAAAAUUACAUUUGAUGAUUGAUUAGUGCCUCUUUCUGCGAACUUUUCCAUCUAAAAAAAAAAAAAAAAUUUUUUUUUUAAGACAGGGUCUCACUGCCGUUGCCCAGGCUAGAGUGCACUAGUGCAAUCCCGGCUCACUGCAGCCUUGAACUCCUGGGCUCAAGUGAUCUGCCUCCCAAAGGGCUGGUGCUGCAGGUGCGUGCACUACCCUGCCCUGCUUUCUCACCCCAGGCCCUGCAGCUAUUACUUAAACUCGUAUUUGAAUAAAUCUCUUGGCGGGAAUUAUAGAAUGUUUGUUUUUGUAUUUCUUUUUUUUUUUUUUUUUUAAGUACAUUCAAGUUAUGUUUACAUAAGCCUUUCACAAAUCCAAUAUGUACUUAAAUUGAUUUUUAAUAUCCGUCUGACUGUUUCCCUUAUGAAGUAAUUUGGGGAUUUUAGUGAUCCCAUAUUUUCUCUUUAGUGCUUAUCAUGAAAUGUGCUUCACUGGUUCAGCUCUGUUGUUUCCUUAAAAAGUCAAUGUAUAUUUAAAAUAAUAAUGGAAACAUAGGAAAUCAUAGCUAUUUAAACCAGAUCACCCUUGUUAAAAAGCAUUCUUGUUAGCAAACUAAAAUAGUAACUUUUCUUAUGGAUGUACAGAUAAAUAAAUACUGAUUUUAUUAUUGUUUUACGUACUUGUGAUCAUGUACUUUUUGAUUCUAAAAUAGUUGUCUAGGACACUUUUGGGAUUCUUAAUUAUAUUUUAGUUACUUAAGAAAAUUGUUUAAAUGUAGCAAUACAACCAAUAAUUGGUUUUAUGUUUCACUGCAUAUAAAUAUUUCCAUUAAAUCAAGAAUGUAUAUUA